CGGAGGAGGCAGACGUGCUGCUCCAGGUGUUAAAUAAACUCACCCUAGGAACUGACAGUUGGGAUUGAUUUUCGCGUUGAAUACUACGAAGAUGUCCAAAAUAAGCGAGGGCAGCGGCGGGUGGGGCACAGUGAGUGAAAAUACACUUUCGGAGAAAUUCCCUCUCCACCGCGCGUGUAGGGAUGGCGAUGCGGACUUCCUUCGCUCACUCCUACGGCAAGAGGCGGCUCGCUCCCACAUCGCCGUCGAGGACACUUACUACGGAUGGACUCCGAGUCAUUGGGCGGCUUACUUUGGCAAGCUGGAGUGCCUGCGCCUGCUGAUCUGCGGCACGGGCAACGGAAUAGCAGCCAACCCCGGCCAGAAGACCUCGCGCUUCUCGCAAACGCCCAUCCACAUCGCCGCCUUCGCCGGCCAUCCGCACUGUCUGCAGUGGCUGAUUCAGGCGGGAGCAGAUCCCAACGCGCAAGACUACCUGGGUGAGACAUCCCUUCACAAGGCUGCUCGAACUGGGUCUGUGGAGUGUGUAAAUCUCCUUGCAAUGAACAAAGCUACUUUAGGGAUCUGUAACAACAAUGGUCAGACAGCUGUCCAACUGGCCAGCGCUUGUGGUUUCACUGAUCUAGCGAAUCAUCUGCAGCAGUUACAAGGCAAGCAAGAUGGAAUGGCAGGAGCAAGUGGUAUAACGAGGAGCAUCCCAGCACAUGGACUCAAUGGUGGGGUCUUCCCUCCUUGCUCAAACUCUGCUCUCUUUACAAAUACACUCUUGUCCCAGUCCACUAAUGGCCAAGAAGCACCUGUCAAAAAUAGUGUCCAGUCCAAUGGUCACAUUCUUCCUAAUGGUUUCCAUUCGUCUCCAAUAAUUGCUAAUGCUAAUGGUCAAUCACCAAAUCAAGCAAAUAAUGGUGUCUGCACCUCUUCCAAUGGAUAUUAUGGGUUUCAGUCAACAAGUGCUGAAGCUAAUGGAGGCAGUGAAGAAUGCGACAUGGAAACGGAUGCAUCUCCUGUAAGCAUUAGUCAGAAUGGAUCAACCAAUGAACAGAAGAUUGGAGUAGCAACAGGAUUUGUAAAUGGACAAGGAAGAACCCCAAAUGGUCAGGCAGACAAGAUCACAUUAGAGUUUACAAAUGGGGAUGUGAUUGGCACAGUUCUUGGGUUUACCAAUGGACACUCACUAGGAAAUGCCUCUAGAAUGGCCAGUGGAACAAAUGGAACAUGUCCAAAUGGCUUGGAUGGUAACACUCUCAAAAGCCAUAAUGACUUGGGACAAGACAUCACCUUGAACCAUGGGAUUUCUCAGAAUCACAUCCCAGUUGCUGGCUGUAAGAGGUCCCGGGAGGAGGGUUUUAUCCCCGAGAUCAAGAGGAUGAAGACUGAGGACCAGUCAGUGAGAUGUACCAGGCUUCUGUGACAGACCUCGAUAGAUAGAUAAAUAGUUUUCUGUCUAUCUUCUUCCUCAUGAAAGUGAAUGGGUGAACUUAACUCAUGGGCACUGGGAACUUGUAAUGUUUUAUAUAGUUUUUUCAUAGAUACAUGUGCUCAGUCACCAAGAAGUGAAUUGGUAGAACCAGUAACCUCAGCUAAUUUCCUCUUUCCACAAGUUUUUUUGAAAAAUUCUAAGAAAACUAAUGCUGUUAUUAUUAUUAUUAUAGAUAUUAUAAAUAUUUUCAUGUUAUUAACGAUACUAGACUAAUUGCAAUCUAAGAUAAAAAAAUAUAUCUGGAUAUAAAGAAAAAUAGUAAAGACGUGAGAUAGGCAGUACUAGUUAUUGACUCCUUGGUGACUAAGCACUUGUGGCAUCUUAUGUGUAAAGACAAAUAAUAAAGUAAGCUUACAGUGGUGGUACUGGGAGUCUCAGAAAAAUCAGAAAAUAUACAAUAAUCUAUUUUGGAAGCUUAUUCUUUAUCUCUUAUGAAAUGGGAGUGAAAGAAUUGAAUAAGAAAUGUGAAGAGUUAAGGAGUAAUUAGUAUUAGCCAUGAAAGAACAAGGAAGAACUUGUCUGAAAUAAGAUGAACAUAAAUAACGGAUAAUGGAAUAUAUGUAGGGGAAAAAUAGGAAGAAACAAUCGAGAAAUGAACUACUGAAAGGAAAAUAAGGUGUUAGUUGUAUAAAAGGUAAUUUUGAGUGACAAAGAAUAUGAGAGAAAGAAAAUCAUUAUAAUGCAGGAUUGCUAGUAGGAAGAAAGGAAAGAAGGGAGAGGGGUUAAAAGGCUGAAAAAGUCAUAACUGGAUUAAGUAGCAGACAAAGAGAUUAGAGAGGUGAGAUUGAAGAGAGGUAAAGCACUGGAGAGAUGGCAAUAAGCAUGAAGGUAGUCAAUAUUAAUAAACAAAGAAUCAUUUAAAUAUCUUCACAUAUUUUUAAUACGAGGCCAUUUGCCAUGCAGAAUAGUUCAUUAUGCCUUGUGAUAAUCCUGUACUCCUAAAUAAGGUGUAACUAAAAAGGUGUGAUUGCUGCUAAUGUUAUGAAUCCACAUUAUCACCCUGAGGAGUCUGGGAUCCCACAUUGAUGCAUUUGAGAGCUACAUUGGUGAGUAGAUGAAUGCUAUUUAAUGAAUUAGGGAAAGGUUUUUGAUGAAAUAUCAAAGCAUUGAGACACCUCAGAUUUGUAUGUACUAGAUUUCACACACAAUGUAAAUCAGAUUAUUUAGUCAUUUACUAAAUGACUUCUGGAGAUCAGAUGCCUUAUUAUACGUGGAAUAAAGCUAUGUAGAUGAACUACUAUUGACAAUAGUAGACACUGAUAUUAUAAAUAUUUUUUAUGUAUUACAGUAUUUGAGUUGUAUAAUUAAUUUUCAUAUACAUGCUACAAGUGUUGGUUACUAUAUUAUUAUGUAGUAAUCCUUUUAAGCCAGAGUAAAUACUAGCCAUGAAGAAAGCUUACUGUAUAUAUAUCUACUUUUGACUUGCUAUUUUUUGUUGGACCUGGGUUAGCUGCUUAGUUGUCUAAUAAUUAGAAAAUAUGUAAUUGUUCUUAAUUGCUACGACUGAAUAUUUCUUAUUUAUUUACUAAUAUCAAACAAGAAUAAUGCAUACAAUAUUAUUAUUACUUCUUUAUUAUAUGAAGUUCUUUAAGUGUUCAUAAGUAUUACUCAUGAAUCAUAUGAGUUCUAUUUAUAUGCUUAAGGACUCAUUUAUUUUGUUGAAACACACACACACGCUUGCGCACACACACACACACACACACACACACACACACACACACACACACACACACACACACACACACACACCCAC